UGGACAAUUGAAUGAACUACGGUAAUUGUACAUCGAACGAACAAAUUAGAACGUCGAGAGUCAUCAUGAAAGCUUUCUUUGUUGUCGGUCUAUUGUGCAUUGCCGCUGUGCAUUCUAAUCCACAGAUUAAGGAAGAACGGUUUGGAAUUCCAUUGGGAGGCCUUGGCGUUGGAAUUGGUGGCGGUCAAUUCGGUGGUGGUGGAUUUAGUAGUGGUGGGCAGCAGGGCGGUGUGUUAAGCCACGGUUUAAAUUCUGGUGGAUUACAAAGUAGUGGUUUUAAUGGUGGUAAUUCACAAACAUUCUCGUCCAAUACAGUAAUGGCCAGUAGCAACAACUACGGUCAAGGUCAAAACUUGAAUACUGGACAUGCUAAUGGACACUUAUUGGGACAAAACCAAGGAGGAUUCACGCAAGGAGGAUUCCAGCAAGGAGGACACCAGCUAGGAGGAAUCCAGCAUGGAGGAUUAUACCCAGGAUUUGGUCGUUAAAUAAUUUAUGCCACGCAUAAGAUUAUCUCAUUACUCUUGCACAUUUUUUUAAAUAUUAUUUUUGAUCUGUCAGUCAUUUUGAAAAUAUGAAUUUCAUGAAAAGAUUCGCUGUAAAAAAUAUAA